CACGCAUUCUCUCCUCUGAUUGGCUGACGGCGUGACGCUGUACGUGCGUAGGCGCUUCCUCAACUUGACUGAGCAGAAACAGCAAAAUAGAAGAUGUCUGGUCACCGGUUGGUCCUGGUGUUAGGUGACCUGCACAUCCCCCAUCGGUGCAACACCCUGCCAGCCAAGUUCAAGAAGCUGUUGGUCCCGGGGAAGAUCCAGCACAUCCUCUGCACGGGAAACCUCUGCACCAAGGAGAGCUAUGACUACCUGAAGACCCUCGCUGGAGACGUCCACAUAGUCCGAGGAGACUUUGAUGAGAACCUGAACUACCCGGAGCAGAAGGUGGUGACGGUGGGUCAGUUUAAGAUCGGUCUCAUUCACGGCCACCAGGUGAUCCCAUGGGGCGACAUGGCCAGCCUGGCGCUGCUUCAGAGACAGCUGGACGUCGACAUCCUCAUCUCCGGCCACACACACAAGUUUGAGGCGUUCGAGAACGAAAACAAGUUCUACAUCAACCCUGGUUCGGCCACAGGAGCCUACAGCCCACUGGAAAGCAACAUCAUCCCCUCUUUUGUAUUAAUGGACAUCCAGGCUUCUACAGUGGUGACAUACGUUUAUCAGCUGAUCGGCGAUGACGUCAAGGUGGAGAGAAUUGAGUAUAAGAAAUCUUAAAGGUGGAGGAAGAGGAGGCGUUGGGUUUAGCGUGGCUCAGUGUAUCGUUUCAUUCCUUUCCACCAGGGGGCAGCAGCUCCCCUGCAGUCACCACAAUGUUAAUGCUGUAACAAACUGUUCAGUAACUCUAAAAGAAGAAUAUGUAUUAUAUUGUUUAUAUGUCAUCAGCAUUUGCUUGUAUCCCAGCUGUCAUUUGGUAACUGUAGAGAAUGCAAUAAUACCACAUGUAUUUGUUAUCAAAAGAAAUAUUCGGUGCCAUUUUCUUUUAUUUUCUUUUGUUUUGUCAACUUUUUCGCCCUCGUCAUGUUGUCCUGUAACCAACAGGCCUUUAGCUUCAUGUAGUCGGCCUUUAUGUCAAUCAUUUAUUUCCCACAAUAAAGAUCUAAUUUCACUCCA